CAUUUGAUGGGAAAUUGUAUUUCUGCAUUUUUGUUUGUUUGUUUAGGUUCUCUAUUUGUUUCUUCCUUUCCAAGUAUUAAUAUUUCUCUCUCUCGAGUGAUUCCUCAUGCCCAGAGCUGCAUCCUCCUCCUCCACCUUCCCCAGAGGUUUUUUUUUUUUUUAACUUUUCCCUUUUAAGAGAAUUUAACUUAGGCAACCUGAAUUCUUUGCACUAAGGGUUCUUGUCUGUGGAUAAAGGUGUAAGACUUCGAGAGUAAUAGGCCCUGCCCAGGUGUUUCAGUAGUAACAUUCUAAAUUCACAUUAAGCCUUAGGCUGGAGAACAUUCUAUUUGUUUUUGAUACAAGCUAUGAAGAAUUUGAAAGCAUCACGUUACCCAGUUUUUAUUUAAAACUCGAAUUUACAAAAUCUGGAUCAUUCUCAGUUACGGUUGUUGUGAUUUUUUUAACCCAUCUCUCCUGUAGCAGUUUCACAGAUUACAAAGCCAGCAGUCUUUGCUUGUUUACUUAGUGUAUUGCUCUGUGCAAAGAUAGAUUUUUGAAGCUGUUCUUGCCCCCUGAUGGCUUUCUAGACGAGCCAAAACUACCUUGCUAAUAUCUCUGAUGUAAAGUUUUUAAUGAAAAGCAAAUGUUUGAGGGAAUUCUGAAGAGUAAGAAGUUAUUUUCAUUUAGGGCAUCAGAGAAUGUUCUCUAGUUUUUAAAGUGAGUUCUGAAAGUUGGUUAUACUGAAGGAGCUGAAGUGGGAGAUGUUGCCAUUCCGGGUGGGAGAGCCGGACAAGCCAGCACAAGACUUUUUCAGCAGCUCAAUGGCCUCCCCGAAGAAGAAACUUCAAGGUCUUGUUGCUGCGACCAUCACGCCAAUGACUGAGCAUGGAGAAAUCAACUUCUCAGUCAUUGGUCGGUAUGUGGAUUAUCUUGUAGAAGAACAGGGAGUGAAGAAUAUCUUUGUGAAUGGCACGACCGGAGAAGGCCUGUCCCUGAGCAUCUCAGAGCGCUGCCGGGUCGCGGAGGAGUGGGUGACAGAAGGGAGGAACAAGUUGGAUCAGAUAGUAAUUCAUGUGGGAGCACUGAGCUUGAAGGAGUCACAAGAACUGGCCCAACAUGCAGCAAAAAUAGGAGCCGAUGGCAUCGCUGUCAUUGCACCUUUCUUCCUCAAGCCGUGGAACAAAGAUGUCCUGAUUAACUUCCUAAAGGAGGUGGCUGCGGCUGCCCCUGCACUGCCGUUUUACUACUAUCACAUUCCUGCCUUGACAGGGGUAAAGAUUCGUGCUGAGGAGUUGUUGGAUGGAAUUCAGGAUAAGAUCCCCACCUUCCAAGGGCUGAAAUUCAGUGACACAGAUCUCUUAGACUUCGGGCAGUGUGUUGAUCAGAAUCGCCAGCAACAGUUUGCUUUCCUUUUUGGGGUGGAUGAGCAACUGUUGAGUGCUCUGGUGAUGGGAGCAACUGGAGCAGUGGGCAGUACGUAUAACUACCUGGGAAAAAAGACAAACCAGAUGUUGGAGGCUUUUGAACGGAAGGACUUCUCCUCGGCCCUGAACCAUCAGUUUUGUAUUCAGAGAUUUAUCAACUUUGUGGUCAAACUAGGUUUUGGAGUGUCGCAGACCAAAGCCAUCAUGACUCUUGUCUCUGGGAUUCCAAUGGGCCCACCCCGGCUUCCACUACAGAAAGCCUCCAGGGAGUUUACUGAUAAUGCAGAAGCUAAACUGAAAAGCCUAGAUUUCCUUUCUUUCACUGAUUUAAAGGAUGGAAACUUGGAAGCUUGUAGCUAGCGCCUCUCUCUAUCAAAUCAGGGUGUGUACGUUGAGAUAUAAUCCACUUUGAAUACUGCAUUCAUUUCUCAAAAACUUUUUAAAUGAGUUUGAACUAAACUUUCCUAGCAAAUGAAAUCUUGCAUCAAUCAACAAGUAUUUAAAUACCUACUAUGAUCUUUUAAAAGUUUUAAUUUGUGAAGGGGAAAAAACUCUAAAAGGAGUUAUGAGCCCUAAGUCAUUCAAUAUUUCACAGAAUUUUGGUGGAGAAGUUUUUGCAUAAAUGGAUAAGAUGGAAUCAAGAGGAAAAUUGUAAUUGAUUAAUUCCAUCUGCCUUUGGGAGCUCCCAUUAUCUUGAUUUCUGCUUGUUAAUCCUAUUUUAAAGUUUUCUAAUUUUAAACCACCAUAAUGUACUUUCAUUUUAAUAAAUAUUCAUUUGGAAUCUAGGACAACUCUGAGCUAUUGCAUUUAGGCAGACAUACUAACUUUAAUGCCAAAUUACAGUGUGACUCAACUAUGCACAACUGUUAACAAAGCAGUUCACUUGGCUGCUCAGUCUAACUCUAGAAUAUCUGCUUUCGGAUUAAUUGCGUGCGAUGUCGCAAUUUUCCCCAAAAACAUAGGGUUAGGUGAAGACUUGCUUCAGUUACUAUAACUAAAGGGCCAUUAGGGUGGUUUUCACAUAACAAAGGAAAGGCCUUCCCCAAAGAUGAAUUCAAGUCUCUAAUUGUUGCUAUAGAGAACUUCUCAAAGUUUCAGAGAACCAAAGAGCUCUCUGCUCUGGGCACCACAAACUUCUCCUUUCCUCACUGAGAAGAAAGUGUCCCUCAACAGUGCCCUGAAUUAUUGGAAGUGAAAGCCAGCGUCCCUUCUACCGUGAGCCCAGGGGCUACUUACUGUUAUUUCCCAGUCACAUUUUCACACAGUCACUUUUCAGUGAUAAGAGAUUUAGGGAGGACCCAAAGAUUUAACUUUAACUUUCUCUACACACCUUCUUUACUUUUUUCUUUCUCUGCACUAUAUAACUGGCUGCUCAGUCUCCUCUCUAGCAAACCCUGGUGCAUGCCUUCUAGUAACAAAGUGUACUGAUGGUCAAUCCUUAGUGAUUUUAAACUGGACUAUCCAGUCUAAUAACUACCUAAGAUUUUUAUUUUGUUUCUUAUCUAAUUAGUCUGCUCAUUGGCAGAGGGAAAGUAUUUGAAAUUCAUAUCAGUU